GACCCACUCCUGGCAGCUCGACUCCAGAUGUUUUCAUACUACGGGGGAGCAUGAUGGUGCCGCUGGCCCAAAAACAAAACCCCAGGUCAUUUGGAGAGGAACAAGCAGCUCAACAGGGAGUCAUUUGCCCUGGAAAGGCAGCGCGUAACAGCUUUGCCACAUUUUUGCCGGCACCCAAGGGCAUUUUCAAACUUUCUCCAAAAAGUCCGCGGCGCGGCUCUGCCGGACUAAUUGCAGCCCCAAACUUUCCCUAAUGAGCCGCUGAGAGUUUGCGGCAUUGGCCGAGCGCCUGUGGGGUCGGGCGCAGGUGGUCGUGCCGGCUUUCAAUCCGGUGGGAUGUCGGUCAGUCGUACAGAUGUGAAGGUGUUCUCAGGAUCUCCCUCCCUCUCCAUCUCCCUGUGUUUUAUGUCUGCGUCACAACAAGUCGAAGGAGAGAGAGGCAGAGAUGAUGAUGGCGUCUCUCUCGGGCUGAUUCUCAUGCCGCUUCCCUGACAAACACGCACGAUAGCAUCAACGGAGAGACAGAGGAAGGUUGGGAACAUGAAGGGAAGACAGACAGAGAGAAAGACGGACGGACAGACGGUUGCGCACUGACGGCUUGAGUGACGCGCGUUUGAUCCACCGCGACUCUCCAAACCCGCCGAUUAUUCGGGACAGUGAUUGAGACGCAGAACAACACCGGGCAUCAGGCAUUUCAUGUGAGUCUGACAUCUCUUCCCCGUCUCUGUGACCCCAGCAGAGCAGAACACUUAACACAGGAUGGGGGGAGUCAGUGAAGGAGAGGAUGUUUUAGCCAGGUGGAGCGAUGGACUUUUGUACCUUGGCAAUGUCAAACGAGUGGACAGUGUCAAGCAGUGCUGUUUGGUCAGAUUUGAGGAUAACUCUGAAUUCUGGGUCCUCAGGAAAGACAUCCACUCAUUCUCUUCAGGAGGAGAGGAGGUGUGCUGUAUCUGUGAUGCUCCGCCUCUUAAAGAACCUCUCGUAAACUGCCUCAAAUGUCGCCACGGUUAUCAUCCAGAGUGCCACACCCCGCCCAUUGAACCUGAAGUUGACCCCAACAGCUGGAUAUGUCGCCAAUGUGUCUUUGCAGUCGCAACAAAGAGAGGGGGAGCGUUAAAAAGAGGACGCUUCGCACGGCUCAUGCAGAUCAUGAAAGUGCGGCUGCCCUAUCAGCUGUCAUCUCUAGACUGGGACCCGCAGCACUUGACCAACCAGCAGCAGUGUUACUGCUAUUGUGCUGGACCAGGAGAGUGGAAUCUGAAGAUGUUGCAGUGUGGGAGUUGUGGGCAGUGGUUUCAUGAAGCUUGCACUCAGUGCCUGACCAAACCUCUUCUCUAUGGAGACCGCUUUUAUCAGUUCCAGUGCUCGGCGUGCACAAAUGGUCCAGAGACCAUCCAGAGGCUUCCGAUGACCUGGGUAGAUUUGGCCCAUUUGGUGUUGUAUCACCUCUCUCUGUGCUGCAAGAGGAAGUAUUUUGAUUUCGAUCAUGAAAUCAUGUCUUUUGCAAAUGAAAACUGGGAAUCUUUGCUUCUUGGCACGCUGUCAGACACACCGAGGCAAGACCGUUGCCAAAACCUGCUCAAUGCUUUAAAUUCCCACAAAGACAGGUUUGUCUCGGGGAAGGAAAUAAAGAAGAAGAAGUGUCUCUUCGGUCUCCAAGUUCGGGCUCCUCCCCCUCUGUUAUCGGACCAAUCUCCUUUCAUCGCUGAACAGCCAAUCAACAUCACCCACAGGAGAAGCCCCACGUCACUGCCCUGCCAGCGGAGAGCGGUGGGUCCGGAGGCCCGUAAAUCAAAGCGUCGGGUCACUGAGACACAGACUUGUCCACCAGGAGUUGCGACCAACGCUAUUGACCUAGUGCCAUGUUGCCAUGGUUAUGUUGAUGGAACAAGCCUGUACAACCCCAGAAAACCAGAGGAAGAGAUGAGUUUGGGUUCACCUCCCAAGAGAAUGUUUGCGCUCUAUCACCCUUCAUACAAUGGAUCUCAGGACCUGUCUAGAACUCUGCAUCAUUACAGUGCAGAGGACCCUUGUCGACUUCCAGCCCCCUGCCUUCCAUUUUCUCUGUCCUCGGGUCACCCACCCGGACAGCGGUAUGAAAACUGCCCUUCUCUCUUCCUGCGUGACGUGCCACCCUACUCCAGCACAGUCGGCAUGGGGGGGCCCACGGCCAUGGGAUGGGGGGGAGGCGACGCCGUCCGGAUCCUGGCCAGACGCGUAACGGCGGACGGAAAAGUCCAGUACCUAGUCGAAUGGGGAAAUGUGAGCGUGUACUGAGAAUGUGUGUGAGAGAGAAAGAGGAAAGGGCUAGAGACAUCAAGAUGCAUCAUUAGGGUUUGCAUGGUUACGAGCAGAGGUGUGAAAGCAUCAAUGAGCAGGUGGGUGUUCUGCGGUCGUCUCGAGAGCAGCGGGAGAAGAAAACCACAUCGAGCAAAUCCAGGUUGAGCUACACAGCAGCUUCACUCUGAGAUUAUACUGUUAAAUCUACUACAGUUUCUUUUACAGUGUCUCCUAUAUUUUGAAUACUGUUAGAAAACGCCUUUAGAAUGCCUUGAACUUUAUUAUCAUGAUUUGUAAUGUAUAAGCUAUUCAUCACAUGUUGUUCAUGUACACAUAACGGUUAAAAUGUACAAUUUCAGGAAAGCUUUUUCAUGCGGUCACAUCAAUAAUUGUAAUAUUUUAAUGACAGGGAAAUGAGUGCUCCUCUGAAAAUAGUCAUUAAAGAAAUAUUCCAGGUUCAGUACAAGUUAAACUCAACCCACAGCAAUUAUGGCAUAAUGUUGAUUAUCACAAAUAUUAAUUUCACUAAAAGAUGAACGUGACGUUUUACAAUGCUCACUAUUUCAAUAGUAUAGCUAUAAGACUUAAACAAUGUUUUAAAAAUUUCCAUGAUUAUCAUAACACUUUUUCUUUUGUCAAAUCAACUUUGAUAAUUAAUGUGGUUCAGAUAACAUCAUAUCUUGAGUUUCUGUUGAUUAAACACCUUCAC